CAGAGCAGCACAUCUCGGAAGGAGCCAAUUCCAUUCCUUCCAUACACGGUUUCACGGGAAGAGCUUCUCCCGCAGCGGGGCUUGGUGGGAGGUGGUUGCACGUCCUCGCUGGGGGCUGCGCGGGCAGAGAUGGCUUUUGUGUCGUAUCGAGUGGGAGGCCACGUAUUCGCACGUUGCUGAAGUUGGUGCUGGGCAGCACUCUGUGCCCUUCCCAAAAUUACUGGCUUUGUGAAAAUGCCAAACACUCGCCCUCGUGGCAGCCAAAAUGCCGAGCCCCGGCCCCGGUGCCGGUCUGUGCAGGGAGAUGGGGCAUCGCUACCGAAGCGUGGCUGGCCGUGGCGUUUCCUCCUGGCCCGGCAGCCCUUCUGUCCACGUUACCCUCUCCUCAGCCAGCGCCAUCAGCUCUGGGGACGGCCUGGUGUUGCUGCAUGGGGAAAUAAAAUAUUUUGAUUUUGCUUCUUAAGCAAAUUUGAGGUUUUGGGGUUUCUCUUGCAGAAACAACCUUUUAUUUGCAAAUCCUGAUCUUUGUGCCUGCAAGAAUGGAGCUUGUUGAGACUUACGGUUUGGCAUGUGGAUUUGGAAAAUAUUUUUUUUGAAGAUACUUAGUAUUUUUUCUAGCAGUUCCUCUGCCUUCUUUUUCUCCCUGUGUUUUAUGGCAGGCUCCGACCACCCACAUCCACGCGGGGAACCUUGGUUCAGUUUUGGGAGGGAAGCGUCGUGUUUGCACCGAGCGCGGUGAAUUAACGCGGAGGCUGCAAACUCUGGCUCCCCUCGCCCUGCGGCGUUCCGUGUGCCCCUCUCCCGGUUCUCCGGGACCUAUCCUGGGACAGGGGUGGGAGUUCGAGGGAUGCUGGUCGGAGGAGCGGGGGAGCAGCUCCGUGCUUCCCAAGACCCCCCUCGUCCAGCUCUGCGGGGGGAGCAGGACGACAGGCCCAUGGGUCAGGGCGCAAGGGGAGCGAGCGUGGGAGUGCGUUUGUCUGUCUGUCACCGUUCGUGCAGCGGCACCCGCGCUGGCUUUGCCUUUGCCCCCGGGAGGCAGCGACUGCGGAGUAAUUAAGAAAAGGUAAAGCUCGGUGAGUUGGAGCUGCGGAUUGAUUAAAAGUCAGAAGCGCCCCUCCAAAGUGCAGAGCUCCUGGCCCGUUGCGGCGUAAGUGCUUCCAAAGUGAAGACUGAGCCGAUCUGGCAGGCUCCGUCUGUCACUGGGGGGUCACAGACACCCCUCCUGCUGUGGCACCCGUCCCUUGCAGCCCACGGGGUGGCGGGGGGGGUCUCCCUUCUCCGCCUGUACCCCCUCACUCGGCUCAGUCCUUCCAGCGGCAGCUGUACCUCCCGACCCUGCUCCUCGAGCCAAGGGGGGGACGUGGCGAGCCCCUCUCCUCCUGGCUUUGCCGGAGCUUUGCUGGGGUGCGGUGACUUGUGCCAGGUCGCUGGGGUGGGUGCCUCCAUCACCGCCUUCUGGCAGCGGCUUUCACUUCGGGCGUUUCAUAAUUAAUAAGCCACUUUGAGACAAAGGCCGUUGUCUUACGGAGAGGUUGGCAGAGGUGGAUAGUGUGGUUUCCAUUGCCGGGUGAUAAAAUGCUGUUGCUGUGCUUGGAACGAGAGGCGGGUGGAGCAAAGAUGCUGUAAAUUGGUGGGAUUUUUAUUAUUUCGGGAACAUUGUAGCAUUGAGCAGGAUAAUAAAAUGUUUUUCUAAUCAUAACAGCCUUGAGGCAAUAAACAAACAGUACAUUUGUGCUGUGAAAUGUCCGUCGAUUCUUUGUUGAUGUGAUUUAGAGCCUGCUAAAGCAGGCUGGCGCGCUGUGCGUGCGUCCCUGGCCAGGCUCUCUGGGGACGGUGUGCCGGGGUGCUCGGCUGGGAACGCGCUGCGUGGCUCAGGGCUUCCACCUCACGGGCUUUUCUGGGCGAGAAAGCUGGUAUUUGAAGCCGGUGUGCUCUGCUUUAAUCCUCAGGGCAUCAGAUUCUGCUAGGUUAAUUUUCUAGGUACUCAGUCAGCAGCGAGAAUGAAAUCCCCCGUGUCCCCCUCUUGGAGGAGGGCUUUGUGCUUUGGGAGAAAAGUGGUCUUUUGUGAAAACCCCUCGCUCCUGCAGGUCCAAGCCAGCGAUCUCCGGGCUGCAGGAAUGUGGGAAUUGUGGUGGUGCUGGGGAGCAGGAGCUGUGCCGUGGGGGUGGGCUGUGCCACCGGACCCUCGCACCCGGCCGCUGGGGUGGCUUCGGCACCUGAGCGGAGCGGCCAGAGCCACGGCGAGCACCUUUCGCAGUGAGGGGGUGCGCAGUGAGGGGAUGCGGCGAGCAUCUUGCGCAGUGGAAGGCGAAGAGGAGAUGCUCAGGAGCUGGCAUCGUUGCAGGGAUGCUGGCUGGUGCAUGGCAUUGAGUGUGCUCAACUGUAAGGAAACGGGGCAGGACCUACGAGCGCAGCAGUGUCGGCGCGCCCUGCGGAUGCUGUGGGGGUGAGCUGAGCCGGCUGGGUGCUAAGGCGCGAGCUUAAACAUCCUCCUUGUGGUUUGCGUGCCAAGAUGUCUGCUUAAACACUCGUUCUUGCAGUCUUCUGCCUAUUUCUUCCAGUUUUACUUGGGAUGAUGUUGGCAGUGCCAAUGCAAACCACGGUGCUGUUUGUUCUGUCUGGCGAUUUUCAAAGGGAUGCAUUAUCCUGAAGUGCUCUAAAAUCCAUGUAUUUUUACUGGGAUUGGCUUCUGGUUCCUGUAGAUGCGCCUGGGUUUGUGACCUGCAGUGCAUCUUUAGCUUUAAUAAGCAAAAACCGUUCUGCUGUCGAUGUUGCUGUUCUCACCACUUGGUGGCCUGAAAGCAACUUCUUUUUCCACCCUCCCCUCCCCGAGUGCUGUAGGUGCCGCUCAGCAGCUUAAUUUCAUGCACAUAAAAGCGGGCUCUUCUCUCACCUGCAGCAGAGGUAUUUUCGCGGCCACCUGUGUUUCAGCAUGAAGCUCGGCUAACAGCAAAAUGAACUUACCGGGGGAAGUUGGCCAGGAUGUCAACCAUGGUGCUAAAGAGCCACGGAAAUCAUUUUGGUGGUGAUUUUACUUUGCUGCUGGGAUGGGAAAACGCAUACCUGGGUGGGCAGAGCGGCACUGCCUCUUCGUGCGGCGGUAACCCAGUGGUUUGAGCAGAAGUGGAUAAAAGCAGAGCGGGUGGAUGGUGAGCAGCUGCCCGCUACAUCCGUCCCGGUAGGUGGAGCGGGAUGUCAGGGGUUGGAAGGGGAAGGGAGCGAGUCCUCCGGCACCCGGCCGGUUCUGGGGCCCCUGUGCUGGCAUGUAGGGCAGGGAGAGGGGGCUGCCUGGCUCCGGGGGGGCUCUCCUGCCUGCUCCCUGCCGCACAGCGGCUUUGGACGGGCUGCUGCUAAAUGUGGUCUUUCAUGGAAAGAGUCGAAAGGAGAAAACCUUUUUUUCUGAAGCGGUUCUUUGGAUUUUCAGCAAAACAAAACGCGUGGACGUCCCGUUCCUUCCACUCCAUUCAGCGCCCGCCCCAGCCACAUAAUCACAAAGAACUUGAAAUCCCUGGGUGAGCCCAGGGGAGGAUUGCAAAACCUGUGCUCGCAAAUGGAGCAGAAGCGGGGGGAGGGUGUGGGGAGCCGUGCCAGCCUUCGCAGGAGUCCCUCCCGUCAGGCAGCAGAGCGGGGGACUUGCAGAAACAGCAGGCUUCCUGCUGGAUAUCAUCCUACCGAGGCGCGGAAAACCCAAAAAAGCCUUAAUGCCAGAUGAAGUCUUCCAGGAUUUUUAUGUAAGGUCAGUCUCCAGAGGAAGGGCAUUUAACGCUGACUUUGUGUGUUUGCUGUUAGGCUGCAGAUGGUUUAAUUUCUCAAAAGUGUUUCAUUCUAAUGGGUAACUGCCUUUCCUGACUCAGACCCUUAAAAUUUGCACGAGAUGCUUUUGUUUUUCUCUUAUUUCAGCUUUCUCCCCUCCCUUGUGACAGCACAUUGAAACAAAAGAAAAUGUAGGAAGGAGACAGGUGGCUGAGAGAAGUGAGAAGACGGUGGACUGACCGGGUAUGCAUGGCCCCUCCUCUCCGAAACAUUCCUGGAGCUUUGCUUCAGCUGUAAACUUGUGAUUCUGGAUGCCCGUUGGGUUGGACGCUUGCUAGCUGAAAGCUGAAGCGUGGUCACCAGCCUGUGCGGAGGAGAACAGGAUGCGGGUCACCAUGAGGAGGGUGUUGCUGGUGGUGGGCUCGGUGGUCGCCCUGAUGGUGACUCUGCACCUCGGCCAGCAGGUCCUGGAGUGCCAGCAGGUCCUGAGCGAGAGGAGGCACAGGCUGAUGAGACCUGAGAACGAGGAGCUGGUCAUGAUGGACUCCAAUCACGUCGAGUACCGUUACAGCAAGGAGAUGCCCCUGAUAUUCAUUGGUGGGGUCCCACGGAGCGGCACGACGCUGAUGAGGGCCAUGCUCGAUGCCCACCCUGAGGUGCGCUGUGGAGAGGAGACCCGCAUCAUCCCCCGCGUGCUGGCGAUGCGGCAGGCCUGGUCCAAAUCAGGGCGAGAGAAAAUGCGCCUGGACGAAGCCGGGGUGACGGACCAGGUUUUGGACGCCGCUAUGCAGGCCUUUAUACUGGAAGUGAUCGCCAAGCAUGGUGAGCCAGCCAGGUAUUUGUGUAACAAGGACCCCUUCACGCUGAAGUCCUCUGUCUACCUGUCCAGGCUCUUCCCCAAUUCCAAAUUCCUCCUGAUGGUUCGAGAUGGCCGGGCUUCGGUCCACUCCAUGAUCACACGCAAAGUGACAAUCGCGGGCUUCGACCUGAACAGCUACCGAGACUGCCUGACCAAGUGGAACAAAGCCAUCGAGGUGAUGUACUCCCAGUGCUUGGAGAUCGGGAGGUCCCGCUGCCUGCCCGUCUACUACGAGCAGCUGGUGCUGCACCCCGAGCAGUCCAUGCACGCCAUCAUGAAGUUCCUGGACAUCUCCUGGAGCGACACGGUGCUGCACCACGAGGAGCUGAUAGGGAAGCCUGGCGGGGUGUCGCUUUCCAAGAUAGAAAGAUCAACAGACCAGGUUAUCAAGCCGGUGAACAUGGAGGCAUUAUCUAAAUGGAUCGGGCACAUCCCGGGGGAUGUGCUGCAGGACAUGGCCCACAUCGCACCGAUGCUCGCCAGGCUUGGCUACGACCCCUACGCCAACCCACCCAACUACGGCCACCCCGACCCCUUAGUUGUCAACAACACGCACAGAAAUAUUGACUCAUGUCCCUUGAGCAGAACUGGAAGGAAGAAGCUGCAGAGCCACAGACAGCAGUUACUAAACACAGGGAGUUUCUCAUGCUUUGGGGCAGACCGGUUCCUCCCUGGCCUGAGGCUGGACUCUGCAGCCGCCCCAGCUUUGCACGUGCUCCCCGUAACGGUGCCCUUGGACCAGGUUUUAAAGGGGGAUUAUAAAACGCCAGCCAAUUUGAAAGGUCAUCUGCAGGUGACUCAGAACACAUCAUCUUCUCACUAAGAAAAUUAAUGAUUUCCAGAAUGCUGCAAAUGGCCUUUUGUUGUCCAACAAAGAAGAGUUUGCAAUGGCACCAGUGGAAAUCGGUUAUCCAAGCAUAUUGCUUGCUAAUACUAUUGCCAAAAUGACUGCUAUACGAGGAAUGUAUUUGCAUUUAUUUGCAAAGGCCCAACGUUUGACAGGCCGGAUCCCCGUCGUCCCGCCUUUUCCCGGCGCUCCGUGGUGGAAGCAUCUGCGGAAAUCCGCACUCGGCGGGGGCUCGGGUGUGCAGCAGGAAGGGAUUUUGUACGCCGCGGCCGGAGGACUCGUUAAACCGUGUUUAAAUGUCUCGUAACGCUGUUCUCUAAUUCACGGGUCAGAAAUAGCCGUCCUGACCUUGUAGAGCCUUUGUGGUGCGAGUGACCCCCGCCCCCCCAGCCCUCCCUUCACUGUGACUUACAGAGGCUAUUGCAGAGUUAAUAUAUGAGCCGACCCCUCCCCGCCUCCUUCCUUUGUUGCACAUCAUUAAAGUAUUGUUUUAAUAAAAAAACCUCCCUCUCUGCUCC